AAAUGGGGUUGAGCGUAAAACUAGGUAGCUUUGGGUUUCAGGACUUGAUUUGAAUUUUUGCGUGGUGUUUCUUUUACUCUUCUCUCUUUGGGUGGCUCUGGGAAUAGGCUUGGGCUCUUUGACGGUUUUUUUCUUUUUUCUUUAAGGUCUUGUUUGAUUUCAAGGGAUGGAAUGGAUUUUGGGGGGUUGCUUUCACUGUUGACAAAGGUCUGCUCCUUUAUAUACCGUUUGGGGGAAUUACAGGCGCAGUCGCUGAUUGGGGAGAGAAGAAAGAUGUUAAUGAGAGUGAAAAAGAGGAAGAGAGCAAUUGGGAAAGAGUGGUGGAAUGGAUAUGCGGGGAUUAGUUCAACGUACAAGAUACAUGUAAUGGGAGAAAUUGGUUUGCGAAAUGCGCUGGUGGGUUUCGUGAGUUUUGUGUGAGAGGCUUUGA